CUCGUUCUCGUCUACAAAGAAAAAACGUGGUGAUAUGCUAGCACUCGUGAUACCAAACGUUUAAUUACCAGAAUCCGACAUGUUUAAUGACCAAAAUAUGGGAUGGGAUACGCAUUCAGGAAGAAACAGGGGGGAAAUAAGCGUGUUACUGUGGCUUGAACUUGGAACAACUAAUUCACGUUUGCAACCGUUCCGUUGUCAGCUCGAUUAAAUGAACGCGAAUGAACGCUUGCAGCAAAACCUCUGAACCGUUUGAAUUGAUGCGACCAAUCAGAACAGAGAGGCGAUCUUCGCGAUGACGUUUUCAUAAUUCAAAUUAUAUUUGGUAAUUUGUGAAUUCUUUGGUAUUCUGUAAGUUGUAUUAUUUGUGAAACUUCAUGUUGGAAUUCCCAGAGCAAUGAGUAAACGACCCAGAGUUUAUUAUAAUUCCCAUCUUCAUGAUCCCUCCAAGGAGAUCACUGCACGGCAGAAGCGCCAGAUCGAAAAGAGCCGGGAAAGAAAGCUUGUGGCAGGCGGAGAGCAUUGCCUGGACAACUUAUUACCUACUGUUGAACAACCUUGGAUUUCCGACGAAAGCGACGAUUCUGCCGAUUCAAACGAUGUAUCUGAUAGCGAAACAAAUAGCAGCUAUUCAGAAACAGAGCCCGAAGACUUGGAAAAUGGAGAUUGUGAUAGCGAUCCUGCCAAACUGGGACACGAGCGUUUGGACGCCCCGCUCUUUGAAGGCUCGCCCAUGUCACUCGGCGAAUACAUCCAGAUUCAGCUGACGUUUGCGCGACGUCAUAAUUUAUCCCGGCAAGCCACGAUUGGAUUAUUCCAGAAAGACGCGUUAGUUCUGCCAAUUGAUAACAGGGAUUUCCCAGAUUCGUGGUUUAAACUUACAAAAUUGCUCAAUGGAUAUCUGUCCAAUUAUUGCGUGCAUUAUAUUUGUCCGGAGCAUCAGUGUUAUCUCGGAUUUCCAGCAAUGGAUGAAAAUGAAUUACAAUGUCCAACCGACCACAAAAUGAUUUUCGUCAAAGAUGAGUGCGUAAAGAAACUGUUUUAUUUCACGACGAUAUCUGUUGCCGAGACGUUGCGAGUCUUUUUAAAAGCAAAUUACCGUAAAGUCAAAUUUGAUUUUCAACCGAAUUCUGAAGGGGAAAUCCUAGACUUGAGUGACGGUUUGAUGUAUCGAUGUCACAAAGAGAACUAUGGAGCCGGCUGCCGGUCAAUUUCCCUGUCAAUUCAUUUGGACAACGUCGCUCCUCAUAAAGGAAAAUCCGCCAACAAAAAGACGUGCUAUGUCGGGCAGUUUACCAUUAACGAAAUGACAAGUGCGGAUCGGCAAAGGCAUGUGUUUCCUUUUCUUAUAUAUUGUGGACGUAGUAUGCCGCCGCGGGAGACGUUGCUCGCACCUUUCAUUGCGGAGAUGAAUCAAUUGAUGAUACAUGGUUUAGAUUGCGAGAUACAGGGAAAUCCAGCAUUAAUAAAAGUCUUUCCUAUAUUAUUUCCAUGCGAUACAGUAGAGCGCAAUCGCCUUAUGGAGAUAAAGGGACACACCGGAUAUUACAGCUGUACAACAUGCUGUCAAAAGGGGAGCCAUGCCGGAACGCAUAUAUUUGAAUAUACGAACGAUUUACCUUUACGGCGGCAUGAAGAGCACAUGAAGCUGGCGAGAAAGGCGGCCAACUACAAUAAGAACGAGAAAAAGAAAAUGGAGGAUCAGCUGUUGGGCGUCAGAGGAAUGUCUGUACUGUGUGCCCUCUCCCUUCCGGUUGCCAAUUUUCCUAGGAGUUUUCCGUCUGAUUUUUUACAUUUGAUUUGUGAAGGAAUUUUCAAGACCAUGCUGGAAUACUGGAUCACAAACAAUUUCUUGGAUAUCCAGGCUUCCGAUUGGUCGUUAUCUUUGUGCAGGCCCCACUUAUGUGUGAAACGUUUGGUACGUUCUAUAGCAGAAUACCAUACGCAGUUUAAUGGUGGCGAGCUGAUGUUCUUGUUGCUGUUUUUCGGACCUGUGGCAUUCAACGGAAAUUUGACGCUUAAUUUGUACGUUCAUUAUCUGAAACUAGUGCGCCUCUGCCACUUUCUACUGAGUGACAAUCUGCGGUCACAGCUGCUUCCUGCGCUAGAUUUGGAGGUACAUAAUUUUAUCAGGGAUUUCCAAAGUAUAUACGGAAAAGAAAAAAUGGGAUCCAACGUACAUCAGCUGCUGCACAUUGUUGGCCAGAUUGAAGACUGGGGUCCAGUUAAUCACUAUUGGACAUUCCAGUUCGAGGGAAACAUUGGAUCCAUCACGAAACGUAUCCAUGGCAGUCAACACCUGAGUAAAGAAAUUGCAAAAACAGCCACUUUGGCCUUGUGUGAAACGUGCCUGGAGAGCGAUUUUGGAGGCGGCAGCACGGCAGAACGUGACCUUUUUCGCAGCGGAUUAAAAAAUUCUCAGCAAAAAAAGGGAGCCAUAAUUGUUUAUUCAUCGGCAACAUUCGCAGUUCUGAAUGGUGUGAUUAUAAAGGAAUUAUCAUUUGUGAAACGAUUCCCGGAUUUCCAUGCUAUGACCGUGGCGAUACUUAAAGGUGCCGUGGGAGACGAUUUUACCAUUUUGGGAUUUUCGCAGUCUUGUGUGGUCGACUCCGGUUUCACCUGUAAGGCCGAAAAUACGGAAAGCGCAGGCCGGAACUCGUCUUUUGUUUUCACAUCCGCUAAACAGAUUGUUUCAGUGGUGUGGAGUGUUGCUGUGGAAGAUAACACGGAAAAGGUUAAAAUUUUUUUAAUCGGAAAAUCUUAUGAGUAUAACUAUUCUGUGUUAUUUUUAAAUGACCCGGAUUUCCCAGUAUUUUUUGAUUUAAGUGAUCGCUUUGAAUACGUUGCUGUACCAUCAACAGAUGCCGUUUGUGCUAUCAUGAAGUGUAGUACUGGAUUACGAGUUACUGUUGCCAAGAUUCCCAGUUGUUUGCAUUCAGACUUGUAAAUUUGAAAUAAAAUAAAAUCAAA